CUUUAUCCAUCAUACCCUAAUUUUUUUCCGUCUUACCAAACAUAGUGUUAGAGUUCACUAAAUCGAGUUCGUAAAUUGGCGAUUAGCUUUUUGUGUAAUCUAAACUAAACUCAAACUGACAGUUACACACUGAAAUUGCGAACAGCUCAUAAAAAAUCAGGCUCGACCGAGUCCGAAGCAGGUGGGUUCGGACUCAGUUAUAAAGUUUCCGAGUCAAACUCCGAACCUCAGCUCCGGCUCUCUCAAGUGUCUCUUUCUCUACUCUCUGUGUUUUUUUGCUCCGUUAAAAUUUCCGACUUUCCAAACUUCACUGCACUUCCUCUUCUGAUCACAAAAACCCUAACCCUAGGAGAAGAACUUAUAAAUGCUUGAUCAACGAAGAUCGUGGCUGAUUUGAGUUUGGAUCCGUGUUUUGGCUUCGUCUAAGCUUGGAUUGAUUUUUGACGGCCAGAAUGGCAUUGAGUAAUUGGGAAGCAGAUAAGAUGCUUGAUGUGUACAUUUAUGAUUAUUUGGUAAAGAAAAAACUGCAUGCUACUGCCAAGUCCUUCAUGACUGAAGGGAAAGUUGCCCCAGAUCCAGUAGCUAUUGAUGCACCUGGGGGUUUUCUUUUUGAAUGGUGGUCUGUUUUCUGGGACAUUUUUAUUGCAAGAACCAAUGAUAAACAUUCGGAAGCUGCUGCUGCAUACAUAGAGCAAAUCAAAACAAAAGAGCAACAACAACAGCUGCAAAUGCAGCAAAUGCAACUAAUGCGUCAUGCUCAGAUGCAACAACGCAGGGAUCCAAACCAUCCUCCCCUUGGUCCGCUCAACCCCAUGAGUUCUGAAGGAGUGCUUGGGCAGUCUACUGCGAGUGCGUUGGCAGCAAAAAUGUACGAGGAACGCAUGAAACACCCUAAUCCAAUGGAUUCAGAGACUUCUCAACCACUCCUCGACGCUAGGAUGGCCCUUCUCAAAUCGGCAACAAACCACUCUGGUCAGCUGGUCCCAGGGAACCAUAGUAGUGUGAAUGCAGCCUUACAGCAAAUACAGGCUCGGACCCAGCAGAACCCUGACAUCAAACCUGAAGUUAACAUGGCCAAUGCUCAGAGAUCUUUGCCAAUGGAUCCUUCAAUGUAUGGACAGGGAAUGAUGCAGUCAAAACCAGGAAUGGGGAAUGCAGGUCUCAACCCAGGAGUCAGUGGUCUACCUUUAAAGGGGUGGCCUUUAACCGGUAUCGACCAAAUCCGGCCUGGUUUAGGGGCACAAGUUCAAAAGCCUUUCCUUCAAAACACAAAUCAAUUUCAGCUUCUGCCACAACAACAGCAACAGCAAAUCUUAUCACAUGUGCAGGGCCAGGGAAAUCUUACUAGUACUACUAUGUACGGUGGUGAUAUGGAUGCUCAAAGGCUUAGAGGAUUACCUAGGGGACCUUUAAAUGCAAAAGAUGGCCAGACGAUUGCAACUGAUGGUUCUAUAGGCUCUCCAAUGCAAUCAACUUCAUCAAAGAUAAACAUGCAACACUCUUCCUCUCAACAACAACAACAAGAUCCUUUGCAACCCCAGCAAGUACAGCAGAAUAACCGAAAAAGGAAAGGCCCUACUUCUUCUGGAGCUGCUAACAGCACUGGUACUGGAAAUACAGUCGGUCCUUCCCCCAACUCUCAACCAUCAACUCCAUCAACUCAUACCCCUGGUGAUGGAGUUGCCAUGGCACAUAAUUUGCAGAAUGUUAAUAACAUGUCAAAAAGUGUGAUGAUGUAUGGUGCAGAUGGAACCGGAGGUCUUGCAUCCUCAACAAACCAGCUGGAAGACAUGGAUCAAUUCGGUGAUGUUGGCUCGUUAGAAGACAAUGUGGAUUCUUUUUUAUCACAUGACGAUGGAGAUGGAAGAGAUAUGUUUGGCACAUUGAAAAGGAAUCCUGAACACGCAACAGAGCCAUCAAAGGGUUUUUCAUUCAAUGAAGUAAGUUCAAUACGUAAAAGUAGCAGUAAAGUUGUCUGUUGCCAUUUCUCUUCUGAUGGUAAAAUAUUAGCCAGCGCUGGGCAUGACAAAAAGGUUGUUCUCUGGAAUAUGGAUACACUGCAAACUGAUAGCACUCCUGAGGAACACACUUUGAUAAUAACAGAUGUUCGAUUUAGACCAAAUACCACUCAACUGGCAACCUCUUCAUUUGAUACAACAGUGCGACUUUGGGAUGCUGCAGAUCCAAACUAUUCCAUGCGUACGUAUUCAGGGCAUACCUCACAUGUGCUGUCACUUGAUUUCCAUCCUAAAAAGACCGACCUUAUGUGCUCUUGUGAUGCGAAUAGUGAGAUUCGCUAUUGGAAUCUCAGUCAAUAUAGCAGCACUCGUGUUUCCAAGGGAGGUUCAGCACAAGUGAGGUUUCAGCCAAGAACUGGACACUAUAUGGCUGCAGCAGCAGGAAACGUUAUCUCUGUAUUUGAUGUUGAGAGUGACAGACAGACCCACUCAUUACCGGGGCACACAACUGAGGUACAUUCUCUUUGUUGGGAUACAAAUGGAGAUCUUUUGGCAUCUGUCAGUCAAGAUGCUGUCAGAGUCUGGUCAUUAAGUUCAGGAGAGUGCAUUCAUGAGCUCAAUUCCAGUGGGAAUAUGUUCCAGUCCUGUGUAUUCCAUCCAAGCUACUCCACUCUCUUGGUCAUUGGAGGCUACCAGUCCUUGGAGCUGUGGAACUUAGCCGAGAAUAAAUGUAUGACGAUCCAGGCUCACGAGGGCGUGAUAUCGGCUUUGGCACAAUCACCAAUGACAGGGAUGGUUGCCUCUGCUAGUCAUGACAAAUCAGUUAAAAUUUGGAAAUAAAUUUUUCCUAGUACUGAUUUUACUGAGCACUUCUAUUCUCUCAAAUGGAAUAAAAAAAGAUUAAGAUGAUAUAUAUAGAAGAGAAGCUCAAAAAUGUAUUUAAGGUAAUUCGAUUUAAUAUUUGUUUUUCUUAUUUGGUUUUUUUUUUAUCUUUUCAUUGUUUUGUACUGUCUUCACAUAUACGUAAUAAGAGGAAGUGUGUGAUUUUUAGGUUUCCAGGUACUUUGAUUUGAACUUUCAUUGUUUUUUUUAAGGGUGAAUAUAUACAUACUAUAAUGUCUGUGUUUCAA